AUGAAUUGGACAACAUUGAAUUGUACAUUAGGCAUCAAUUGUACUACAAAUAUUAAUAAAGAUCAAUUAUUUUCUCAGACCUUAGCCACUGUACAAGGUUUCUUUUUUAUACCAAUAUUUUUUCUUGGAAUUGCUAAUAAUUUUUUAACAAUUCUUAUUAUUAUCGUAAAUGGUGAUAUGCAUACGGUAACAAAUUGUUAUUUGCUCAAUUUAGCUGUUUCCGAUAGUUUACCGUUAAUUGUUAGUUUACCAUUUGAAAUUCAGUUUCUUGUUAUGUAUAUGAACUAUUAUCCAUUUGGUCAAAUUGGUUGUAAAUUACGCAGUCUUUUAGCUGAAACAUCAACUAAUGCAUCAAUUUUAACAAUAAGUGCAUUUACUAUUGAACGUUUUGUAGCCGUUUGUUAUCCUUUACGUUCAUCAUCAUUAUCAACUAUCAAUCGUGCAUUAAAAAUUCAACUUCUCAUUUGGCUUAUUGCCAUUUUAUUUGCAAUUCCAUAUUAUUGUUUAACCAUUAAAACAUCGGUUGGAUGUACAUUUGAUUUUACAAAAGAUAAAAAAUUAUUGCCACUAUGUUUUCAAAUAUCAGCAUCCAUAUUUUUUGUUUUACCAGCUUUUUUAUUAUGUUUAAUGUAUGCACUAAUGGCACGACGAUUAAAUGCAUCAGGUUUUCUUAAAGAAGUCAAAUUAUCAAAAGAUACAAUAUCAGUUGGAUGCUUGGAUACUACUCAGCAUCUCCAACAUGAAUAUGAAAACCAUCAACGAUUAUUAUUAACUCAUUCUUCAUAUCCAAGAUCAACAAUAAAUAUUUUAACACGACCAAAUUCUCGUCCAUCUAGUAUACUACAACAAUAUCGAGAAAAUUCAAUGAAAAAAUCAGCAUUCAAAAUGCUAUUUGCAGUCGUAGUGGCCUUUAUUUUUUGUUAUGCCCCUUUUCAUAUUCAACGAUUAAUAACAAGUAAAAUUCAUGAAAAUACUCUAACAAUAUUCAAACGACGAUGUAUUGAAAUAUUUUAUUUUGUUAGUGGAAUAUUGUAUUAUCUUGGUUCAACUAUUAAUCCAAUAUUCUAUCAUUUAUUUUCACGUAAAUAUCGAUUAGCAUGUGUUCGAACAUUGAAACGUUUUGUUCAUUGUCAAAGGCAACGACAACAAAAAUCGUUUAAAAUUGAACAAACGAAUACACCGUUACACAAUCAUCGUGAAUUAGAUAAAUCAAAUAUAAGAUUUCUAUGUUACACAACAAUUUCACCAGGUCUCCUUACUAGAGGACAAUUGAACGAUAGUGAAAAGUAUCGAGGGAUGCGUGAAAACACUGUAAGACAUUGUCAACUAAAUUUAACUCAAUUCACAAAGUGA